AUGGUAGAGAAUCUUGGAUUGAAGAGGUUUAAGCACCCUUGUCCUUACAAGAAGAAACCUAAUCACUAUUCAGAAGGGUGGGCAAAAGUUCACAUUGGCUUCUCUGAGGGAGAAAGAGAAGUGAGGAAUUUGAGUCUUGAAAAGAGUUGCAGUGUUGAGAAGCAAGUUGUAGAAGUUAUAUCGGAUGGUGGAAUGAAUUUGCAGAAGGAUAUAUUAGGUAAGUCGGAUAGUAAGGAGGAAUCGAAUGGAAGUAAGGUUAUGAUGGAAUACAGGACAAAAUCUUGUGGCAGAAAUAAAUCAGAGUUGCACAAGAAACAGAGCAUUGGUCAGAGACAGUAUGCAGGUCUGGAAAAAGGGAAGAGAAACAAAAAGAAACAAGAUUUGUGGAAUCUGGUUGAGGUUCCUGAAGAGAUGAGGAAGAGGAUUGCAAACAAAGAAGAUAAAGAGGAACAACUGGAGAAGAAAUAUGAAGAAAAGAGCUCUGAUGAGCCACUGGUGAACACAUGGCCUAAUGAUACUCAAACCCGAUUGAUAAGUGUAAAUGUAGAUAUUGAUGACAGUCAAAAGGAAAAGACUGGUGAAAAGAAGGAUGAGGAAGCAUCGUUGAAUGAAAAAAAUGUGGAAACUCAACCACCACCAGUCAAGGACACCACUGAAGAAGAGAAGACAGAAGAAGAUAAGACCAAGAAGGAGAAAACAGAGAAAGAAAAGUUGGUUACCGAUGCCGAAGAUCAACUCAAGACUUUUGAAGAUGCAGUGUACAUAUCAGAUGAAAAGGAUUAA